AAAACACAGCGUUUAUUUUGGACAACUCUGCACAAGGGGCGAUGGUACCAUUUUUGGACGCUGGGUCGCUGCUGACGUUUCCAAAAGCUUCAAAUAGCUUCCGUCGCGCUCUGGUAGUGAUUGGGCUGCUGCUGCUCUGCACUUUAGCCGGUCAGAGCUAAAACACGUACCCACAGUCUUUACUUCUUCAAUGGAGGAACAGCCCAAAGACCGGGCACAAGACAGACACUAUCACCACCACGGAGAGGACAGACGCCCUGCUCAGCAUCCUGGCUGUGUGAAAAAUGACCAAGGCCACUUCCAGCAUCAGGAAACGCAGACGAAGAAAACAGGCAAUAAAAAAGUAAACCUCGGUGACGAAGAGGGUGAGAAGAAGCUACAUCGGUCUGACUUUGGUGGCAUGUUGCAUUCCUCCAGCACCAAUGGAAAUAGACACAUAAUUAAUGCAAAUGUGAAACCGAAGUCAUUGCAAAAGCUCUAUAUGACUGUUCCAAAGCUGAGUGGCAAAGGUUUGGACCACAAGAAGAAUAUGGACUUUAAAAAUAAGGACAAAGUUGUGGAUUUGAACCAUUAUGAGGGCCAGUCUUUGGAUAAAAAAGACUCUGUUUUGCUUCAGAAUGGAGUUGUAAACUGUGGUUUAAUUACAAAUGGAUAUUCUAGUAAAGACAAUGAUGGCAGCGGCUCUGAAGCUGGAUAUACUACUCCGAAGAAACGCAAGGCCAGAUGUAACAAUGUCAAAAACACUGAUAAUGUGAGGGGCGGGUUGGCAAAGGAGAAAGACACGCAGCAGGGUAACACUACACAGGAGCCCGGGGUUUUUAAUGUUGAAAUGGCUGAGAAGGGAACAAGUUACAGACUGGAUGGCUUUAGAGCCACCCAUAAAGCAGAGGCUCAGCCAGUGCUGCGGCGGGCAGUUGUCUCAGAGGUUUCAGGGAGUGAAUCUCAGAAGAAAAACUCUGAUGGCAAACCAGUAGGAAUUAUUGGUAAAAAGACUGAGGAAAGGCACAAAGCCAAACUUUCAUCACCUUCAAAGGAGGACUCCUGGACUUUGUUCAAGCCCCCUCCAGUAUUUCCUGUCGACAAUAGCAGUGCUAAAAUAGUUCCCAAGAUCAGUUAUGCAAGUAAAGUAAAAGAGAACCUCAACAAAGUAGCUCAAGGUGGGGGAGAGGCACUGCCUGCCCCUGUCAGGGUGUCUCAAGUCCCAAUAUCUGCUAUGAAAACCAUCACCUCAGCUGGCUUUACUAAUGGUCCCGUUUCUGGAAAUGGAAAUGGUUGCCAAUCAGUGGGUACCUUCUUUGCACCUACUGCUUGUAGUAUUCAGCCAGCCACAUCUAUCCCAAGUGGCGAGAAUGUAGCAUAUCCUUCAGACACUAACUGUAGCUCUGCAGCUAGUCCUGUAGAUACAGAGGCAUAUGAACUUAGAAAGUGUACUCUUUUAAUUUACCCUUUAAAUAUGCAACCUGUACUCCCUAGUGCUCGCCAUCUUGACCCACUGGCUGCUCAGACAAAUCAGAAAGCCUUGGGAGACAUUUUCCAGAAUCAGUGGGGUCUUUCCUUUAUCAAUGAGCCCAACCUGGGGCUAGAAGGAGGAGGUGGGCAGGUGGCCACAGAUGACAAGACUGAAAACGAGUGUCAGGCUGCUGCAACCAAGCCUAACCUGCUCCCAGAGGUGAUCAUAUUGGGUGAAGGCCCUGAGAAAAGGACUUGUGACAGGGCUGAUGCUUGUAUGACCACUGAAGGAAUAAAGCUGCACUUGUGUGGGCAGGAAAAGGAAAAAGUUGAGGCAAAGAGUACAGGUUGUCCUAUGUCUGUUCCUAGUAAAGACAGUGGUGCUAAGCCUGCACAGGGUCAGUUAACCACCUUGUUGUUUGGCUCUUCUAAAGAAUAUGUUCACUCUGAAAUCAUUGGCAGAAGGUGUAGCUGGGGAUCCUUUGACAUGAAAGCUGCUGUCACUUAUCACGCUAAAGAAAUGGAAUCCGUUUUCAACUUGCAAAAACAAGAUCCAAAAAGAGUUGUGGUUUAUGAUGAGGCCAAGGAUGGACCUGUUCAAUGAGGUAGAACAACUACAGUACUUCUUGCUUCUCUUCAGGUGCUGCAGUUAUAUCUACCUGGAAAACCUGCUCCCUUUGGACAGAAAGUCAAAACUGUGCGAGGACCAUCAUCUUUGAGUCUGGCUUGACAGGCUUCCCCUCAAAAAUUCUAGUGGAGUAAUAGACAUUUUGAGGGCAUCAGACAAACUGACACUGUGGAGAAGUUGAUUGGUGCCUCUCCUUCCUCAUGAAUGGACGUAACAUUUUGAGAUCCAAUGGCCUUGUCUUGUGGCUCUUGGGUGAGAUGGGCGGGAGUGGGGAGGGGUGUGAAGAUGACGUUCAUGAGUUAAUCACAAGGAGGUGCUGUGGAUUACAUCCCCACAUCCCCCCUAAAGCCUUUAUCCCAUUGAACUACUGCAGCAACCAUAAAUCUAACAAUGGGACGCCUGGGUCAUUUACUUUCUGCACCCAUUUAAACAUGUUCACUGUAGAUAUGUUGGACAUUAUACUUGCACAUUUGUGUGAGAGCUUGAAUUCAUCAUGAAACAAAACAGCUGGAAGAGAGUUUUUGGAUGGCUGUUGACCUGUAACAGCCUCAUUCACAAAGGGAGACAGUGUCUUAAAUUGUUAGUAGAAAUCAGACCAGUACUUGUUAAACCUUUGGGAUUUUUGGUUUUCUUUUUUAAACCAUUGUCUGACGCAAGUGUUAAUCUGCACAGCAGUAUGGCCAGAGCACAGGUGCCCAAUAGAAGGAAAACCACAUCCCUUUACUUUAAGUCUGCUCCUGGAGUGCUAAAAAAAAAGAAAAGCUGUAGUCUUUCUGCUUCUUAUUUAGGGCAAUGUUAAAGCUAAACAGGCAGUUUAUUUUCUAAAAAGUUGAUCUGAAAUUAAGACAAAAGUGGCACCACAGUGAGGUCUUCUGCAAUUUGUGCCGUUUGUGUAGCAGCAGGACCCACACUGGGUUCACAGGAUAGUUUGACUGCAUAAUCUGUUUUCGAAAAACUUAAAUUCCUCUUGUUGAAAUGGGACAUGUAUUUUCAGCUUGGCUUUAUUUUGUGGCUCCAUGUUUGCUCUCAUCUGUGUUAUUGCGUUUUUGUUUGUGUUUACUGGUUACUGGUGGAAAUGAGCAAGUCGGGGUCUCUGACACAGUUGCAAUACAGAUCUCGGGUUUCCAGAGAAGCCACUUUAUCAAGCUUAGCUGAAACGUAAAGAUGAGAGUUGUGUUAGAAUGAAAGUAACCGUUAAAUUGUGCAUACUAGCGUGCAAUAGCGUGUAUGUGUGAGAGAUUCAUGUGGAAGCCUGUUUUCUCCAGGAAAAUAGCAGUGACUGCAAAGUUUGGAAUGACUGAAGCAAAAGGAAACGUCCACAGUCGGACAUGAUGAAAUGUUUACACGGUAUGUCUUGUUUAAAGUCAGAUUUUGAUAUUCAUAUGUUAGAACUUUUGCUUUCUGUGGAGAUUCCUUUUGCAUCAUUCAAUGCUUUUCAGCUCAGUUUGUGCAAAAGCGUCGCAGAAGUUGGUGUGACUUUUGCUCAUGUCUAAUGUCUGUGUUCAAAAUGUUUAAAGUGUGCUGUUCUAUUUGUUGCAUAAACCCUUCUUGCUAACUUUUUUUUUUUCUUUCCCCCCUUCUUUCUGGUAAGAUUUAGUGAUCAUGUCUCGGGAGCUCAAAUUUUCCAGCUGCUAACCAGCUGGCUGUGACAUUUUUAAUCGGCAUCUCCAAGUCAGGAUUAGUUUACUCAAUGUGACAAACUGUCCAGAUUUGUUUUCCUCUAUAAGAUAUGAUUUGAUUUAAUGUGUGGAUUAAUAGCACUUUAUGUAAACUAAUUGCUUUUAUCUUUUAAUUGCUAGAGAGUUCUAUAUGUACUGACAAGAAAUACUCAAAGAAUGGCUCUGUGCUGUUACUCUUUAGAAAAUAAGUUGAAAAACAGAAUUAUUAAAUGUACUCAGGUAGUGUCAAUAAAGCCAUGACUUAAGUUAAAUAUCGUCUUUGCCAAAUGGCCCCGCAAUGUUCUCAAAUUGGAAACAGCUGCUUGAUUGGCGAUUUGACUGACUUUUGUGGAAAAGUGUCAUUUGAACAUGCCUUUUUGGGCUUAACACAAAUUUUUCCUCUUUCACCUUUUUAUAAAGCACAUUGCUUCAUCCACUGUCUACAUCUUUCCUGGCUCUUCAUUUUCUCUGUCACGUGUUGAUGGUGAAGACUUCUGUAUUUUUGUCAUCAGUAGAGGUUAUUUUGAGGCAAUUCCAGUCUGGAGAUGAGCUUUCAAGUGCGCUUCUUUGCAGCGUGUCCUGAUUAGAUAGCAUGUGCACAGUUAAGAUUGUUUUUUUGUUUUUUUUACGUGGUAAAGUAUUCCACGCAUAGUCAUCACUUUUUACUUCCAUGUCAAAAGACGAUCGACUCUGGUAUUUAACAUUUUUGUUUUAUCAUGAGAUGCUUCCCUCUGAAUAAGAACAAAUGUCUAAUGUUUGAUGAGGAAGCGAAAAGGGUAUUUGAGGGAAAAUUGGCUAAUUCUCAUUUGUAGUAGCACAUUAAAAUUACAGGACAGGUAAAUUUAAAUUUUUUUUUUUUACAAACAAGCCUUUGAGUGCUCUAAUUAUCUCAGACAGUGGCUGUCUAGGACACAAAUUCAGUUUUAUAAAAGAAGGAAAGAAAUGUGUCAAGGUACUAAGAGUAGAAAUGUAACACUUUCUUUAAAAAAGAAACUGCGCAGUAUAUUUUAUGCAUUUGUGCAAUUUGUGAUUGCUUACAACAAUUUUUUGUGACACUAUUAAUUUAAUAUAGGGAAUAUUUACUGUGUUGUAUCUGUGCUAAGAAAACUGACCAGAACUGUCAUCUGACACCAAAGCAGGCUUGAUAAUGAGCCAAUUAAAUACACAGAACUGGCCGUUAUGUCUUCAAACAAUUUACACUGCUAAUUUUUUUUUUUUUUUUUUUUUUUUUUAAAUUAAGUUGGUCACUAGUGUUAUUUCUUGGCUAUUGAUUGUGCUGAAGGGUGGGUGUGUGUAUUUUCUUUUUUUUUUAAACUCUUGCUUGCUGCGCUGCUGAGUCAAUUCUUGACUUCUUAAAAACACAUAUGUAUAACUGUAAAAUUUAUAUCUGGGAGAAGGCAGUUACCAAAGGUGAGUAGAGCACUCAGGCUUGAUUGCCAACAAUAUUUUAAUAUCUAAUGUAAAAUGUUUGAUUUCCUUGGCUGUAAAUUGAGAAAGCUUGAGAGUUUUAAUUUGUUGGGACGUCCUGCAAUCCACUGACAGUGAGGUUUGAACUUGGUCAAUGCCAAAGUGGUUUAGGCGAGCAUGUAUUGGUAACAUUUCUGGAUGUAAUGUCAAACGGGGUCAGUAAAAAUCAGUGGUGUUGCUGCAGUCUUUUUGAAGGUCCUAUAUAAAAAGGGAGAUCACAAUCACCUAACCUCCCACCUCAAGGCUCCUCUUUUCAAGCACUUAAUCCAGCAAAAAGGUUAUGAUGAAUAUGCAUAAUACAGAUGGAGCUAUUAAAAUACAUAACAUGCAAACCUGAGAAAAACAGGUUCUUGGAGCAGACAGUGAAUCAGUAACUGUAGAGAAAGAGAAAAGCCUGCUUAUGUUUUCAGCCCCUCAGGAUGUACAAUCAUCUCCAGGAUGCUGAUAGAGGCUUUCAGGUUGUUUUAGUUUGGCCUCGUUGUGGCUGUGUUCUUCCGGUUAUAUGCAAGUUCCCUGUAAAUUUAGAAAAAAAAAACUACAACAAAACUCCAGUUUAAUUUUCAGGUGCCUGUAUGAAAAAUACUUAUACAGUGACUUUUUUAAACUGCUUUAACAUUUGGAAAGACAGUGAGUGUUAUCUCUGUGUGUGUUUGUGUGUGUGUUGUGGAUUUAGACAGUCUGGCUUUGAAAUGAUGCGAUCUAAAGCCAAAAUAAGUUAUAAUGGGACAGAUGGGAACUGCUUGCUGGAGUUUGUCAAGUUUAAUGUCUCAAGUAGCACAUAAUUUGAACAAAUUUAACUAUUUUUUAACAUGUUUUAAAACUUAUAUUUUAAUCCAUAGAUGCACAAAUAGGAUGCGAUUUAUAACAGUGCAUAAACAAAUCAAGAUUCCCCCCCCCCAAGAACUGACAUAGAUGUAUUAUUCCCCUAUAAUGUUGCUGUUGCCCAGCAAAUUUUAUACUAAAGCAUUUCUUUGUACACAGUUGGGUCUGUAAAUAUUUGGACACUGAGAGUUGACGUAAUUUUGCCUGUGUAUACCAUCAUAAUGAAACUGAAAUGGUACAAAGGUUUGUAGUGUACACACAGUCAAGGGUUUUAGCAAAAAUAAAGUUUUUGGCAUUAAGUAGACUUUCAUUAAACUGAGUGGCGUUGCAAGGAAAUGACUUGAGCCACCCAGACAACCAGGAAGGUUUUGUAGACCUCGGUCUGGAGAAAUGCAUGAUAGUGCUGCUUUUGUUUUUCACUGCUCACAGCCUCGUGGAGUGGCACAAAAGGAUUUUAAUACAAGAAAACAAAUAAAUCUAGGUUUGAAGUUCCUGUGUUUUUUACAAACUAGCUGAAAUUUCACAUUGUUUUAAGGCACUCUUUUUUUCUGUUCUACCAUGAAGUUGUACAUCUAGUCAUGGAACAGUCAAAAGUUGUAUUAUGCACAGUUUCUCCAUUCAGAGCCACAGAAGCCUUUUAACGCCAACAGUUGUUCUGGAGGCUCCCCUCACUAGCCUCCUGCUUCAAUGAAAUGUUCAUGUAUCCAACCCCUGACUUGUCCAAAGAAAAGUGGCAGUGAAUUAAAAAAUAAGUCUUUAGUUUGUCCAGUUACUUAUGGGCUCUGAGAAGAUGAGCACUGUGUAUGCAAAUGACCAUAAUUUUCAUAUAUUUAAUGUAAUACUUUUGUUGAAACUUUAGAAUUAAAGUUAACAGUCCACACUACAGACACUUGUCAUUUAAACUCCACUGUGGUGAUGUCUUCUAUGGACCCACUGAUGCCAGUUCAUAUCCUCCAGAGUCCGUAGAAUGAAGCGGAUUAGUCUGCAAUUCCUCCCUAGAUGCCAGCCCAAAACAAGUCAAGACCGGUAACCAGUUACAGCCGGGUGCACUGUGACAAUGCAUAUGUGCAGAAAGUGUCUUGGCCAAACACAGGAUCAAACCGUAGCUCGGCUACUAUUCCACUGAGCUGCUGUAUUGUGAUUGUGUACAGAGGCAAAGUUGCAGAAAUGAUCAGACUAACUACUUAUGGGCCUGACUAGUUAUGGAGUGUGGAACAUUGAAAUCAGGAGCUUGUGUUCACACUUGGUUUGUAAUGUGGAUCAUGUUGUAAGGGAGGGAGAUUUGCAACAUGAGUUAAGAAGCAUUGAAUUCGCUGUUGCCAAAGCUGACACUACUCUGAUAACUCGGAUACACAAACGCACAUCUUUUCGCUGACAGAAAUCACAGCAAAGGUGGCCAAUGGUCACUUGAACCAGUUGCAGUGUGAAAAAGGGAGACAAACUAGAGAUAGAAAUGGUAUCCAAAGUGCUGCUGCUUCAUCCAGUAAUCAGUCAUCUGUAACGGGGAAUGUUGGACUUGGUGUUUGUGCCACUCUUUCAAACUGAUUUUGCUUCAGGUGGAAGUGGAUUUUGGGGGGCUCUUUGUUUUACUCAGAGGUGACUACAAGGUGUGAGUGUGACUACGCUGUAGACAAAGGUAACGGUCACAUGUUUCUGUACCAACGGUAAUGAAGUGCUGAGAUUUCAGUGUCUGUCUGAAAAUUGCUGUUGUGCUUGUUGAUGCUUUUUUUUUUUUUCUCUCUCUCUCGCUCUUUAUCACUUUCCUGCCUCUCGCCCCUGAAUUCUGAGGCAAUAGCAUUUUCUCAAAUGUCUUACAACUUGACUUUUUUUUUUUUAAGCAAACAUUCUCAUUUUUAUUCUGAAUUUAACAUGUCACUUUUUUAAGAAAGCAUGAUACCUGAUUCCCAAGGGGGAAAAAAUGUAAGCCCUCCAGUGUUCACAAUUUAGUUUGAAAUAAAAAUUUGAAUUUUCAU